AUGGGCCAAGUGGCCUAUGAGUUAGAUUCAGUCCAUCUGGUAUUCCAUGUAUCAAUGCUUCGUAAGUGCAUUGGAGAUCCUUUCAGAGUCAUACCCGUAGAUGAUUUCCAGGUUACCGAGCAACUAUUAUAUGAAGAGGUUCCCAUUGCCAUUCUAGACAGACAAGUUCGAAGAUUGAGGCAUAAAGAUGUAACAUCAGUGAAGGUCCUUUGGAGGAACAUGAAUGUUGAGGAAAUGACUUGGGAAGCUAAAGAAGAUAUGAGAUCCAGGUAUUCACACUUGUUUCCACUGCGAAAGGAGGUUCAGACAGAGACACCAUUUGUUAUAUCCCGUAUUUUGUACGUCGGAACAUUUUAA